AUGUCGCUCUUCUGCGGCCUCAUCCGGCGCCGCAGCGCAAAGGACGACAAGCCCCGGCGCGCGCACACCAUGUCCAUCUUUGGCAACACCAACAUCCAAGCAAUCAGUGCCCUCAAAGGCAUGGUUCGCUUCACAACCGCCGCUUCUCCGGCUCCCAUGCACGGCUGGGAGAAGCCGACGACACAGAAAGCUCCGCCGACCGAUGAAUGCUCCAGCCAAAACUCGGCUCAGCACGCGCCAACCCCUGAUAUCGAUAUACCCGACAUUCAUAUCACCACCGAGAUGCACGAAGCCCUUGACCGUACGUACGAUGAUCUGCGAGGCUCCGAGCCCAGACUCUCCAGAGCCAAAUUCGCCGAAUUCUUGCGAACUGUCCAGGGUGAGAGCGAGAGCGCCGUCAGUGAGCUGGCUAGAGAAUAUUAUACUCUGGGAGAUUUCAAAUACACUUGGGUUACCGAUUUCUCAUGGGAUGCCACGGGACCAUUGCCUGAAAAGGAUCUUUCCAAACCUCUCACAAAUUACUUCAUUAGCAGUAGCCACAACACUUACUUGGUUGGGAACCAGCUUGCCUCUUUAAGUAGAAGUUCACCCGAGGCAUACAGAACCGUUCUCCUUCGCGGAUGCCGAUGUAUCGAGAUAGAUGUAUGGAAUGGCGAUACUAUCAUACCCACAACAAGCGAGAGGUCCGCCAAAAUCGACCACAAGCGUGGGCUGUCAGGCGAAUCUUUCCCCAAUGUCGCUACAACUGUUAUCGAGAAGGUCGAAGACUAUCUUAGUGAGAAGGCUGCCAAUCGUGCCCGUAGUACUAGCUUUGGAAGCCGAAGUUCUUCUCCGAGAUCGAGUCUAAAUCAGAUCCCACUGGAAACCCGAGAGUCUGGCGAUCGUCUUGAUGUUGCGAAGCCUCCCGCCCCACGUCUUAGGCAAACAUUUCCCAAGGAUGAGCCCAUUGUGACCCAUGGAUGGACACUCACCGCGCCAUGUGGUUUCCGAGAGGUUUGCAGAGCCGUCGGCGAGUCUGCAUUUGUUGAUAAUGACCUUCCCAUUAUUGUCAGCCUGGAGGUACAUGCAGACGAGGACCAGCAAGAGGUCAUGGUCAAAAUCAUGAAGGAAGAAUGGGGUGAAAUGCUUGUUGAUAAACCAUUCGAUGAUACUGGUCCCAGACUGCAGUUACCCAAGCUAGACGAGCUGCGGAGAAGGAUUCUUGUCAAGGUCAAGAAGGCUCCUGCGAAGAUCGUGGUGCCACCGAGCACUAUGGAUCUGCCUGCUAUAUACGCAAACGACGAGGACGCAUCUGGGUCUGAGGACGAGCGUCCAUCACAAUGUACGGGACCGUCUUUGUCAGGCACGAACAGCACCUUUUCGUCACAACCAAAGGCACCCAGUUCCAAGGUAAACAUAUGUGAGAACCUCGGCAAGCUGGCUGUCUACACACGCAGUCAACACUACAAGGGCCUUGCAACCAAGGAAGCAAAAAUUCCCGCACACAUCUUCUCUAUCAGUGAGAAUCGCAUCCUCGAACUGCACCAGAAGCAACAUCGCGACAUGUUUACCCAUAACAAGGGAUAUUUCAUGCGUGCCUUUCCCGCCGGCCGGAGGUUCGAUAGCUCGAACCCAGACCCGAGUCUCUUUUGGCGUGGCGGCGUCCAGAUGGUGGCCAUGAAUUGGCAGUAUCUCGACGAAGGCAUGAUGCUUAAUGAGGGUAUGUUUGCAGACGAGAAAGGUUGGGUCCUGAAACCUGAGGGCUACCAGAGCUCCAACAAGUCUGCAGAGACCCAAUGUGAAGCCACGCCAGGCCAUAUUAUGAACCUGACAAUCACUGUUCUCGCCGGUCAGCACAUUCCGAUUCAAGCCGGCGACGCAGGCGAUGCCAGCCGCUCUGCUAGUACCUUGCGUCCAUUGAUCAAGGCGGAACUGCAUGUUGAUAAGCCCACCGACACGGAGCGUGAUGCAUAUACGCAGGAACACAAGUACAAAGACAAAACGGAUGUCGGCAAGACGGACCAUCCCGAUUUCGGGCCUCACGGCUCAUCCCUCAAGUUUCUCAACAUUCCCAAGGUGGUAGAGGAGCUCAGUUUUAUCAGGUUCAAGGUUGAAGACGAUUCUUCCAAACUCGGUAGCUCGCCGCUUCUUGCCUGGGCUUGCAUUCGUCUAGACCGUCUCCGCCCUGGAUAUCGAUUCAUCCGACUUAUGGAUUGCAAACCCCGCGCCAUACCAGGCGGCAAGCUUUUGGUCAAGAUCCAGAAGACGCUGGUAUGA